AAGGAGCCCAGGAUGAGCGGCGGGUAGGAGUAGGGGCGCAGAAGCCAGGUUUCAGUUCCAAGCGGGAGGUUGGGUCGGAACUGAACCCCUGAAAGCGGGUCCGCCUCCCGCCCUCGCGCCCGCCCGGAUCUGAGUCGCUGGCGGCGGUGGGCGGCAGAGCGACAGGGAGUCUGCUCUCACCCUGGAUGGAGCUGAACUUUGAGUGGCCAGAGGAGCGCAGUCGCCCGGGGAUCGCUGCACGCUGAGCUCUCUCCCCGAGACCGGGCGGCGGCUUUGGAUUUUGGGGGGGCGGGGACCAGCUGCGCGGCGGCACCAUGUUCCUAGCCACUCUGUACUUCGCGCUGCCACUCCUGGAUUUGCUGAUGUCCGCCGAGGUGAGUGGUGGAGACCGUCUGGACUGUGUGAAAGCCAGCGAUCAGUGCCUGAAGGAACAGAGCUGCAGCACCAAGUACCGCACACUAAGGCAGUGCGUGGCGGGCAAGGAAACCAACUUCAGCCUGACAUCCGGCCUUGAGGCCAAGGAUGAGUGCCGCAGCGCCAUGGAGGCCUUGAAGCAGAAGUCUCUCUACAACUGCCGCUGCAAGCGGGGCAUGAAGAAAGAGAAGAAUUGUCUGCGUAUCUACUGGAGCAUGUACCAGAGCCUGCAGGGAAAUGACCUCCUGGAAGAUUCCCCGUAUGAGCCGGUUAACAGCAGGUUGUCAGAUAUAUUCCGGGCAGUCCCGUUCAUAUCAGAUGUUUUCCAGCAAGUGGAACACAUUUCCAAAGGGAACAACUGCCUGGACGCAGCCAAGGCCUGCAACCUGGACGACACCUGUAAGAAGUACAGGUCGGCCUACAUCACCCCCUGCACCACCAGCAUGUCCAACGAGGUCUGCAACCGCCGUAAGUGCCACAAGGCCCUCAGGCAGUUCUUCGACAAGGUUCCGGCCAAGCACAGCUACGGGAUGCUCUUCUGCUCCUGCCGGGACAUCGCCUGCACUGAGCGGCGGCGACAGACUAUCGUCCCCGUGUGCUCCUAUGAAGAACGAGAGAGGCCCAACUGCCUGAGUCUGCAAGACUCCUGCAAGACCAAUUACAUCUGCAGAUCUCGCCUUGCAGAUUUUUUUACCAACUGCCAGCCAGAGUCAAGGUCUGUCAGCAACUGUCUUAAGGAGAACUACGCAGACUGCCUCCUGGCCUACUCGGGACUGAUCGGCACAGUCAUGACUCCCAACUACAUAGACUCCAGCAGCCUCAGCGUGGCACCAUGGUGUGACUGCAGCAACAGCGGCAAUGACCUGGAAGACUGCUUAAAAUUUCUGAAUUUUUUUAAGGACAAUACUUGUCUCAAAAAUGCAAUUCAAGCCUUUGGCAAUGGCUCAGAUGUGACCAUGUGGCAGCCAGCCCCUCCAGUCCAGACCACCACUGCCACCACUACCACUGCCUUCCGGGUCAAGAACAAGCCCCUGGGGCCAGCAGGGUCUGAGAACGAGAUCCCCACACACGUUUUACCACCCUGUGCGAAUUUGCAGGCUCAGAAGCUGAAAUCCAAUGUGUCGGGUAGCACACACCUCUGUCUUUCUGAUAGUGAUUUCGGAAAGGAUGGUCUCGCUGGUGCCUCCAGCCACAUAACCACAAAAUCAAUGGCUGCUCCUCCCAGCUGCGGUCUGAGCUCACUGCCGGUGCUGAUGCUCACCGCCCUUGCUGCCCUGUUAUCUGUAUCGUUGGCAGAAACGUCGUAGCUGCAUCCGGGAAAACAGUAUGAAAAGACAAAAGAAAACCAAGUAUUCUGUCCCUGUCCUCUUGUAUAUCUGAAAAUCCAGUUUUAAAAGCUCCGUUGAGAAGCAGUUUCACCCAACUGGAACUCUUUCCUUGUUUUUAAGAAAGCUUGUGGCCCUCAGGGGCUUCUGUUGAAGAACUGCUACAGGGCUAAUUCCAAACCCAUAAGGCUCUGGGGCGUGGUGCGGCUUAAGGGGACCAUUUGCAACCUGGACUGUAAAGCGAGCUGGGCUUAUCAUGUGUUUGAUGGUGAUGAUGGUAGUGGUGAUGAUGAUGGUAAUUUUAACAGCUUGAACCCUGUUCUCUCUACUGGCUAGGAACAGGAGAUACUAUUGAUAAAGAUUCUCCCAUGUCUUACUCAGCAGCAUUGCAUUCUGAAGACAGGACCGCAGCCUAAUGUGGAUGACAAGUGGAGGUUGGCCUCAAGAGUGGACUUGGCAGACUCUACCUUGUAGUAAUGUUCACCUUUCCAUGUAUGGUCUCCACAGAGUGUUUAUGUAUUUACAGACCGUUCUGUGAUCCCCCAACAACAACAACCACAAAUUCCCUGGUCACCUCCAAAUGUAACCGGUCCUUUAGCCCAGUAGAGGAGGGUGGGUGUGGCCCUGGCACAGCUCCCGGAUUGUUGACGGGCACUCUCCUGAGCUUUGCUUGAGUGAGAAGCUGAAUGUAGCUGAAAGUCAACUCUUCUUACACUUCUUACUGCUUCGUACACUUACGAGGUCACAUAUAGAACAAACAUCACCAACUAUUAGCUUACCGUUAGCUUCCCAACUAUUAGCUUUCUACGUUUUGAAAGCAGCAUUGCUGACCCCAUGUUUUAAUGAUGGUUUAAUACACGCAGCCCUUUCCUCUCAUCAGUAACACUAGCUCUAACAUCAACUUCAUGCAUGUGGCCCUCAAAAGCAGGCCCCAAGAAGCCCAGUUCUUUAGGAGAAAGCUGCGUCCUGUUUCUGUGGACAGGCAGGAGGGAACAGAGCAGCCUGCCCGUGGUGUCUUUAUCUGUUUUGAAAUCAAGGCUGCCUGUGUGUAAGGAAUGGUUCAAUUCUUACAAAGGGUGCCACUGUUGACGCCACAACUGGCAGUUGGUCUAGCUCCAGGACACCGGUUUCCAUGUUGCCUGGCAAAGACAGCUUUGAUUGGGACUGGCUGGCCACAAGGGAUGGGAUGAAGAUGUGCUGCCCUCUCUUUCCAAGUUGAGCCCUGCCAGGGCACAUGGAAGUAUCUUUGCUCCUGACCACAACGUAGAACAGCUUGGAUUCAAGGUCAUCAAGCGUCUCCUGUACAUUGCUCUGUGACCUUCAUAACAGACUGUCCCGCGCAAAAGGAACGGCAGUUUAUGGAUCUAGAAUGGGAGCACAGGGUCUGGAAAGGUGAACCGAUUGGCAAAAUACACAGAACAGGAGGGAGAGUCUCGAGCCGAGACAUCUUGCUUACUAGCCACACGCCAUCUCCUGGAGCCCUCCUCCUGACCUGGGCAGACCCUUGGGUGUAUAGCUAAAGACCUCUUUAAUGUUCAGGUUCAGAAUCUGUAAAUGGUUGCGUACUGGCAACCAUGUUUCCUGAAAACUGAACAAAGGAGAGGAGAAUCUUCCCUCCAUUGAGCCUUGAAAAGUAUGACUGGCUCUCACCCUCCCACAGAGCAGGGAGCCCUGGUGCACACAGUCUCCUGAUAUCCUCCCUGCUCUCUGAGGUUUGCCUUGGGAGAAAAUGAUUCACCUCGGGAGGGGACGCUUUGGUGUCUGAAGUACGUUUAUAUCGAAAUGUUAAUGAAUACCAAUGUAAAAUACUCAAUAGCAACCUUUCUUCCCUUCACAAUGUUUUCGAGGGGAAUGCAUCCAACAUCCAAGUGUACCUGGUCAGUGGGAAGUUCCAUGAAGACUCAUACAUUGAAUAAACAUAUUCGAUGUGCCGAAA